GUCAUUGUUUUGUUUUUUUUCGGUCAGGCUGUUGUUGUCUAUGAAUGGAGAGCUGGAAAACGGUGUAAAUCUUUCCAGGGCCACAGCAGAGAGAUUACAAAGUUAUGCUGUUUUAAAGGAAGUUCCUUGAUCUUCAGUGCAUCCCGUGAUAAGACGGUGCUGAUGUGGGAUCUGGGUCGAGAUACAGAACCCGUCCAGGAGUUUUGUGGCCAUGAGCUUGUAGUUAACGGGGUAGUGGUAAGCCCAGAUGGCUCAAAGCUAUGCACGGGCUCUCGUGAUAACUCCAUGCGCCUCUGGGACAUUGAGUCGGGAGAAUGUCUGCAAAAACACACCAUCUCACGCAACCUGGUGACCCAUGUGUGCUGGGUACCAGGAAGCACAUCUAUUGUCCAAACCUCAGAAGACAAAACAAUCAGGUCAGAAGUUUCCUGAUAUGUCAUAUGAUCCAUUAUGUUGGAGAAUGGUUAUUGUUUACAGAGAUGCAUUUCUCUGGAAAUAUUUGCUAAACAAAUAAGCUGAGUGAUUGUGUAAAUGAUAUCUACAUCAGAGCAGAUGUGGAGAAAUAUAGCA